CAUUAGCAUUGUCCACUUAUUUUAAGUAGUUAAAACAGUAAAAAGAUUCAAAUCUCUUUUCCUAUUUCUAUCACCACCAUCACCACCACCACCAUCCACUUCCCACUCUCUGUCUCACAUACUAACUACAACUAUGCAUAAUCUACAACCAUGGAAGAAGACCAUGGCAAUGGCAAUUGCAAUGGCAGUAACUUUGUUACAAGUCUGUGCCUCAAUGAAGAUCACUAAACUCCCUGGCCAACCUCAAGUGAGUUUCCAACACUACUCAGGUUACAUCACAGUUGAUGAACUUAAGCACAGAUCUCUCUUUUACUACUUUGCUGAAGCUGAACUUGAUCCUUCUUCAAAACCUCUUGUUCUCUGGUUAAAUGGAGGACCUGGUUGCUCAUCUGUUGGAGUUGGAGCAUUCUCUGAAAAUGGUCCUUUUAGGCCAAGUGGUCAGAUUUUGGUCAGGAAUGAGUACAGUUGGAAUAAAGAUGCAAACAUGUUGUAUUUGGAGACACCAGCAGGAGUUGGUUUCUCUUAUUCCACUGAUUCUUCUUACUAUACUGGUGUCAAUGAUAAGAUGGCAGCAAGAGAUAAUCUAGUUUUUCUGCGUCGAUGGCUCACCCAAUUCCCGCAGUACAAAACCCGGGAUCUCUACAUUGCAGGAGAAAGCUAUGCAGGUCAUUAUGUUCCACAAUUAGCUCAACUCAUGGUACAAUUCAAUAUGAAGGAGAAGAUAUUCAAUCUGAAAGGAAUUGCUCUUGGAAAUCCAGUUCUUGAGUUCUCCACAGACUUCAAUUCGAGAGCAGAGUACUUCUGGUCUCAUGGAUUGAUUUCUGAUUCAACUUAUAAUCUCUUCACCUCUGCAUGCAAUUAUUCGAGAUAUGUUCACGAGUAUUACGGAGGAAUGCUUUCCUAUGUAUGUGCAAGUGUGAUGAACCAAGUGACAAAGGAAACAAGUAGAUUUGUCGAUAAAUACGAUGUCACUCUCGAUGUCUGUAUUUCUUCAGUACUUUCACAAUCUUUGGCACUGAAUCCUCAAAAAUUGACUACCCGGAUUGAUGUCUGCGUAGAAGAUGAGACAAUGAACUAUUUGAACCGAAAAGAUGUCCAAGAUGCACUUCAUGCAAAGCUUAAUGGAGUUACAGAAUGGACAGUAUGCAGCAGUGUUCUUCAGUAUGAGCUUCUCAACUUGGAAAUACCGACGAUAACCGUCGUAGGUUCUCUGAUCAAAUAUGGAAUCCCGGUCCUUGUUUACAGUGGGGAUCAAGACUCUGUCAUUCCUCUAACCGGUAGCCGGACAUUAGUAGACAAAUUGGCGAAAGAACUGGGACUGAACACAACAGUGCCUUACAGAGUUUGGUUUGAGGGACAACAGGUUGGUGGAUGGACACAAGUGUACGGCAAUAUCUUAUCAUUCGCAACGAUAAGAGGAGCAUCACAUGAAGCUCCAUUCUCGCAGCCGGAGAGGUCUCUUGUGCUGUUCCGAGCUUUUCUGCAAGGCAGACCACUGCCGGAAUCAUUCUAAUGAUCUGCACUUUUCUGCUCAUGUAAUUAAUUCGACGAAUUGCAUUGAUUGACACAAGAGUUUGUCAAAUAUAUUCCACCCAGCAAGUUGAUGAAAUUGUAUAAAAAGAAUGCAGGAAUGUGCAAGUUUUUUAUCAUGCAAACCAAUGAAAUUUUAUUUGUUCA